UGGAAUUUCCUAGUCGGCAUCGGGACCCUCACGCGCGUCUGUCACUUGUCAGAGAGGUGGCUAUUAAGAAUCAUUAAGAAACCUGCGCACUGCUGCCUGUAUAUCUUGCCAACGUGAGCUGUCGUCAACACAAUCAAGUGUAACUUUUGUCGAUAACACUGGGGAAAGCUUUAAGCAGUGGCGCUCACUCACCGAAAGGAAAGAAAAAGGGAGCGGCGCAUGUAUAUUAUCAAAGACUGCGUUCUGUGUUGUUUUAAUCUUGACAUAAACUAUUAUCAGCGCAAUCACUGAAUUGUCUGUGUAGUUUAUCGACGUGCACACAACACGACAGAAAGGCAAGUCAAGAGUUACAUUGGCAGUUCUAGCGUUAUCGAACUAGUUGCAGAAAGUAAAGAAAAAGCCUGGGCAUCGGUGUAAAAGUAAUCGUGCUUAGCAUUGCAAGCAUUUCCCAACUCUUUUGGUAAGAAAACGGAUACAGAGAGCUCACAGCGGAGGAAAAAUUCAUUACAUUCUCUUUGGCACCUUGAGCGUGCUUUAGUUAGCUAUCUCGACGUAGUCCACACCUGGUGAACCCUUCUGCAGAGGAGGGUGAAAGUGGAACUUCUUUUUNCGAACUGAACUACAACCAGUGGCCCUGUUGCUGAAGUUAGUGUAGAACUGUUUAAGCAUCUUAGGAACUCCGCACAGACCAGGUGACCAAAACAGGACACAUUAUCUGGAAAACUGGAUCUCAAUGACCGGCGCACACAUUCUGAAGAUGCUGUUGACUGCAUCUAUUAUUCUUGCGGUUCAGGUGGCAAAGACAUCAGGCGUGCCGACCAAUGCGGGAACAGAGUUUAUCAUAGGGUUCACAGAAAAUGUUCCAUGGGGUCCAUAUAGACCACGCCUUCUAAUCGUGACGGAUUCAGUAGUGCCAGUGGCUGUGACUAUCUCGUCUCCAUUAUUUCCAAAUCAUACAUUCCCCUCUACUACUAGAUCAGUUCGGUACAAUGAUACUCUAACCGUGGACAUUCCAUUAGAUCUAGCAAUGAAAGGGACUGCACUGGAAAAUAAAGGGAUACUUAUCACUGCCACUGAGAACAUUUGCGUGUUUGGAGUUAAUAGACAGCGAUAUAGUAACGACGGCUUUAUAGCUAUACCAACGUCAUCGCUGUCAGUUGACUACUAUGCAGUAAGUUCGGCGCCUGUGCUGGGAGACAGUCCCGCUUACUCCCAGAUUGCCUUGGUGGCGACCUCUGAUGCGACAGAUGUGAACAUUGAGUUAAAUCCCCUGACCCCAAAUCUAACCGUGGUUUACAACGGCUUCACCUAUCGUAGCGGCGACAUGAUUCACGUAGUUCUGAAUCGGUUUCAGACUUUUCAAGUACAGUCCAAUGUGGACUUCACGGGAACUAAGAUCUUGGCAAGCAGACCAAUAUUUGCGUUAUCAGGGAACAUGAAAACCUCUGUGGGCGGGGCUCCUAAUGAAAACACUGGAGACCACCUUGUCGAAACCUUGCCUCCUGUGAACACCUGGGGGACAGCGUUCGUGCUGGUACCAACCAGUCGACCGGGAGAGAAUAUAUAUACAGUCAUUGGAUCCCAGCACACCAUCAACGUGACUCUUCAGUGUGGAGAGACAACGGAAACGCACAGCGUCAACACCAGGUAUGUUAAACUGGUCACAGAGUCACAUUCCCCCUGCUAUGUUGAAUCUGUUUUACCAGUCUCCGUGUAUCAGUUUUCCCGAUCAGUGCCCUUGGGUCGGCGCCGAGGGGAUCCGUUUGCCGUCUAUUUGCAGCCCACACAGCAGUUCCUGGAGAGAUACUCAUUCCCGACACCGAACCUGGGAGGAUAUAAGCAUUAUAUUAACAUUAUAUCUCGCAGAAAUGAAACCAAUGGCCUAAGACAUGAUUAUAAGCCAAUUGUAACAAACUGGACUAGAAUGACACACGGAUAUUCCGUUACACAAUUACAGGUAUCUCCUGGAAGGCACGUGCUGAGUCACGAGACCCCUGGAGUAAAGUUCGGUGCAUAUGUCUACGGCAAAGCGUUUGGUGAGUCUUACGCCUUCCCUGCUGGCCUUGGGCUCUUAAACCGACGCUGUAGGAGAACAACUCCGAGAUAUAACGACGGAAUUGACAACGAUUGUGACGGUAGAAUCGACGAGGAACUUUUCAAUAUAGAAGAUGACGACGGAGAUGGCCUCACAGACGAGGAUUAUGGAAGUGCCAGGCGCAAUCGCCCCCUUCAACCCGAGAGGGCAGUGCCUUUCGAGAAGAAAAUUACGCCUCAGGGGCAGUUGGGUGAAUUCGGUGGCGUUGCUAAAACCCGUGCCUCAGACCACACUGUAACUUCAACCUCCUUUACGACAACUGAAAGAUGCACGACCGCAGUGGAAGUUGAAAGAGCCAAAACGGAAAGCAGCACGUUUGCACAUAAUAUGCUAACCGACACAACAACAGAGAGUGGAAAUCCAACCAGUGUUACAGAGGCGGGAGGUGACGUGGAACAUGUUACACGGAAAAUACAUGUAGUUAACCAGAAUAAUUCAGAUGAUAUCUUGUCUCACAACUCCUCCACACUUGGAGAGCCAUUACCUAUACCGUAUGACCUUCUUUUGGCAGCGGUAACACCACUUCUGCUGAUAGCGUUGGGCUGCAUUUUGAUCAUCUUGAUAUGCAGACGAUUUCGUGGAUCAAAGAAGCCUCCUACAGAUCAUCGCACUGCACAUGCGCAAACGUCAGGUGACAUUGUAAGCAGAGGUGACGUCCUUGUCACCAGGACAGCAGAGACACAGACCGAGGCUGCGGUUUUCGUGACAUUUUCCCAAAACAAUUGUCCUCAGUUGUAUUCAGUGUUUGGGAACAAAGGGAAUCCAAAAGUCCUCAAUAAACAAAGCAGUUUAGUAAGCAUUGAAUUGUCAAGAAAAUGCCAACCACAUGCCUAUAAUUUUACCAAAGCAAUAGAGACUUAUAAAAAGAAGAGAGUGUUCGACAAGGAACCUAAAGCGUGCAGUAAGACUUCUCCGAAGUUGCUUCGUGUCAACCCUAAUGUUUACAUGACCAGUCAGGGUGGACGACUGGAUUUUCCUGUCAUAAAGCAAAAUAGACCAUUGGAGACUUCACGGGCUGUAAGAGUAACCGAUAUAGACUGGUAGCCUCGUGAUUGCUGACGUUUUACAAUAAAUAUUAUUUCUAUGUGAAUGUUUAAUUGCAUCAUUAUAAUAUAGGCUGUGUUUGUGUGUGCGGUGCGUAUGAGGAAGGGGAGAGACAGAUGAAAAAUGGACUCCACAGCAAAUGUUUUGUUUUAUUGGAAUGCUAAUUUUUAAAACUUGGUACAGGUUUUGGUCAUGCAUUAAGUCCAACAAGGUUGGUAUCACAUUUUUAUGGUUUCACAAUCAUGGUAUGAUUCAAAAUAUGAAAUCAAAAUAUUAAAGAAGAUAAUGCCAAUUUUUCAUUUUACCAAAUUAAACCUCCUAGCUAAUUUCAUCCCAAACAAUAAUAAAGCUUGGAAUUUACGGACUGAAUGAUGUAACAAAUAUCUGAAAAAGAAAAAAAUGAGAAAACAUGAUGACAGUCAUGCUAGUUUUUGUACAUGGCCUUACAUGACCUAAGUUUUUAUUACUCAAUUUAAAAUCGACAGGUCCGUUGAAUAAAAUGCAUAUUUCAUCUCUUCUUUCAGCUUAAAUAUUUUCAAUAUGUUCGA